AUGAUUGAAUGGGAGGGAACAAAGAAUAGGAGAAACAAUGGAAAGUAUGGAGGAAGAUGGAAGAAGAUGGAGGAGAAAAGAGAGAAGGGAGGAGGGGAGAGAAAAGAAAAGGUAAGAGAAAAUGGGAGGGAGGAGGGAAAGUGACAGAUGAGGAAAGAGGAGGGUGGAGGGAAGAGAAGGAGGAUGCAGGAAAAGGAGUGCUUAAGGGAGAAGAAGGAGGUGAGAAAUGGCGAGAAGAAGAGAGAAGGAAGAGGGAAGGGGGAGUUGAGCAAAGAAGAGCUAAGGGGAGAAAUGAGAGAAUACAGGAAAGAGGAAAGAAGAUGGAAGAGGAGGGAAGAAGAAGAAGAAAUUGUAGAAAAGAAUCAGGAAGGAAUAUUCAGGAGAGAAGAAAAGAGAAGGGAAGAAGGAAGCUUUCAGAAAAACAGAAGGAAGGAAAAAAGAGGCAGAUUAAAGACAGAAAAGGUUGGAAGCGAAAGAAAGAGGAAAUUGGAUGAAGAGGAGGAAAGAGUGUGGAGGAGGAGGGAGAAGGUUGAUGAAAGAGAGGAAAUAAUAAAGGGAAGAAGAAAGAAGAUGGAAUGGGUGUGA